AUGUCCUCCCGCAUCCGCGUGCUGAUUCGAGACUACCCCCACCGCUCCAUUGCCCUCGCGACCGACUCCCAUGUGCUCGUCUUCCGCCAUACGCCCACCGCUGCCGAUCGCGCUGCCAAUGGCCUCUACCCCGGCUCUGGCAACGUCUCGCAGACGUCCGUCUCCAGCGGCGGCGCGCCCGGCCAGCCGCCGCGCUGCAUGGUCGAGUUCUCCGACGUGCACUCCACCGACCUGAGCGACUACAGGAACUUCUCCGCCCAGCCCGUGUACGGCACCUUGGGCCUCAUCACCGUCAGCAACGACGUCUUCCUUUGCGUCGUCAGCGCCGCCUCGCGCGCUGCCACCGUGCGUCCGGGCGAGACGGUGCAGAAGAUCUUGGCCGUCGACUUCCACUGCCUCAAUCGCACCGACUACGACCACAUCCUGUACGAUGAGAUCAACCCCUAUUCGACCGACACGGUGGACGAGGAGGGCUUUGAGCAGGGCUAUGGCCGGAGGGAGCCCCUCCUUGAGCAUCCUUGCAUGGCGCUGAAGAAGCUGUUGAGCAGCGGCACCUUCUACUACAGCUCCGACUUCGACCUCACCCGCCGUAUGCAGGACCGCUCCUACGACGAGUCCACUGUGGUCCUCGACAGCCUGGAUGCCGGCUUCCUGUGGAACUCGUACAUGAUCCAGCCGCUGGUGAACUUCCGCUCCCGCUUGUCAAACGCAGAAAGAGACGCGCUGGACGCUUCUGGCAUUCUGACCUCUGCGAUCCGGGGUUUCGCAUCUACCUUUAACAUCCCGGCCGCCUCGUCGCCAGCCCGCAGUACCCGCACCGGCUUGCCAUCAACCAUGACGCUCAUAUCAAGGCUGUCGUGCCGAAGAGCCGGCACUCGUUUCAACGCCAGAGGAAUGGACGAUGAUGGUAAUGUCGCCAAUUUUGUCGAGACCGAGACCAUAUUCUGGACUCCGGAUGGCGUGUGCUUCAGCUAUGUCCAAGUCCGUGGUAGCGUUCCCAUCUUUUGGGAACAGCAGCCCGGCCUGCUCCCGGGACAACAGAAAGUCUCCAUCACCCGUUCCCCAGAAGCCACCCAGCCGGCGUUUGACAAGCACAUGGAGAACCUGGAGCUUGCCUACGGUCCCGUCCACGUCGUGAACCUCCUGAGUGCCGAAAAGUCGAGUGAGCUUGAAAUUAGUGACCGCUACCGCUAUCACAUUAGAAACUGUUCGCUAAAUAACAAUUCGGGCAACGGCGCCAGCUCCAAGGGGCACGAGCUGCUAAAGCUGACCGAGUACGACUUUCAUGCCGAAACGAGAGGCCCGGCCGGCUACGAGGCGGCCAGCUUGAUCUCGCGCUACAUUCGUGAUUCCACCGAGGGGUUUGCUUAUUAUCUGGGCGAGGAGAUGGAAGAACGUCCCAAGACGUCUCACGGCGAAGACCAGAUCUACCGGCAGUCAACGACCGUGCUUCAACAGGAGGGCGUGUUUCGUACCAACUGUCUAGACUGUCUGGAUCGCACGAAUCUCGUGCAGACUAUCAUCAGCCGGAUGGCUGUCGAGGUAUUCUUGGGUGGUCGUGGUGAGCGCGCCACUGCUGAUUUUUGGAAUCGACAUGGCACGCUGUGGGCCGACAACGGUGAUGCCCUCUCCAAGAUCUACGCAGGCACGGGUGCUCUCAAAUCGUCUUUCACAAGAUCCGGGAAGAUGUCCCUGGCUGGCGCCAUUGCUGACGCCCGGAAGAGUGCGCAACGCAUGUACAUCAACAACUUUGCGGACAAAGGGCGCCAGAACACGAUAGAUAUGCUGCUGGGACGACUGAUGGGGCAAGCCCCCGUACACCUGUUCGAUCCAAUCAACGACUUCGUGACGAGUGAGCUGAGUAGAAGAGCGGGCGAAUUCUCUUCGGAAAAGCCCAUCUACAUAUGGGCCGGCACAUUCAACCUCAACGGCAAGACCGAAGGGAUCAGCUCGGAUCUUUCUCCGUGGCUUACGCCGCCCGUCGAACCGUCGCAGCAAUUUCCUGAGAUAGUUGCCGUUGGCUUCCAGGAGAUUGUGGAGCUUAGCCCCCAGCAAAUCAUGUCAACCGACCCAGCCCGCAGACAACAGUGGGAGGCUGCCGUGAAGCGAACUCUGAACGAGCAUGCUCAGAUGCACGGCCAGGAAGAAUACGUGUCCCUCCGCGGGGGACAGCUUGUCGGCGCAUCUCUAUCGGUUUUCGUCAGAGCGAGCAUCUUAAAAUACAUCAAAAAUGUCGAGGGAAGCUUGAAAAAGACGGGUAUGUCUGGAAUAGCCGGGAACAAGGGAGCGGUGGCCAUUCGUAUGGAAUACGCAAAUACAUCCAUCUGCUUCGUGACGGCACACUUGGCGGCUGGUUUCGCCAACUACGACGAACGCAAUCGCGAUUACAGAACCAUCAGCCACGGUCUCCGAUUCCAGAGGAAUCGUUCCAUCGAAGACCACGACACUGUCAUAUGGCUCGGCGAUUUCAAUUAUCGUAUCGGGCUCAACAACGAGAAGGUCAGGAAGCUCGUGGAGGUGGGCGACCUGGAGACGCUGUACGAGAACGAUCAGCUCAACCUGCAAAUGGUCGCAGGCUUGACGUUCCCCUUCUACUCCGAAGCUCGAAUCACCUUCCCACCAACCUACAAGUACGACGUCGGUACAGAUACAUAUGACACCUCAGAGAAAGCCCGCAUCCCGGCGUGGUGCGACCGCAUCCUACGAAAGGGAGACAACCUGAGGCAAAUCAACUACAAUACCGCCUCUCUCAAGUUCUCGGACCACCGGCCCGUGUACGCUACCUUUCUCUGUGUCGUCACCAUGAUUGAUGAGAAGAAGAAGGAACAGUUGAGCAAAGACCUCUACCAGCAGCGCAAGGGUGUCGUCGGAGAGUCGACUGCCGCCGGACAGGUGGAUGAUUCGGACGAAGAAGACCUGAUCGGCUAUGACCCAAUCGACCCCACGCUACCACCGGCCAGUUCCGAUCGCCGUAAAUGGUGGCUUGAUAACGGGCAGCCCGCGCAAUCCGUACUCCGUUCGCCUGGCGAUGACUUUGUAGUCAACCCCAAACGCCCAUCAAAUCCUUGGGCACCCUCGCAAGAACCAGAUUGGGUCAAGGUCGCGCCGCAAAGGAACUCUGACAACAACCUCCAACGCCACGCGAGCGAUGCUCAGUCAACCACGAGUGUUCGCCGCAAACUCCCGCCGCCCUUGGAGCCCACCCGCGUGAGCAGCCCGGUGUCCUCGACCAAGAGCAUGCCCGUCGGUCACGCACCAGCAUUGCCUCCGCGGCGUGCGGCAACGGGUGGUCUUGAGGGUGGGGUUGAUCGGGACCUCGUAUGCCUCAACCGCUCGCCCUCCAGUGCCUCUACCGGCUCUUCCAACUCGAUCAAAAGGAAGCCUGCACCGCCGGUACCGAAGAAGCCAUCUGUUCUUGCUGGGGCCACCUCACCAAAAGCGGAGAAGAAGCAACAGCCUCCCUUACUUCCUCCACCGCGAAGAGUCACGAACACGAGCAAGCCGGCUGGUGCGUACUCGGCAAACCAAGCCGACGAGCCACCCUCUUUGCCACCGAGACGUGGAACUGGCGCAUCGACAGGCAGCCCUGGCGGGCUGUUGGAUGUGGGCGAGGAGGAGAUGCGGGGACUGAAGGAUUGGGAGGUGUUGCGACCAGGCUGA